AGGUUCUUUGAUUUUGCUUUCAUCACAAGAAUAGCAGUUGAUGGCAGUUCAUUGAUCGAUGUGAAGUCGGUUCUUUCUGUAUUUUUUUGCGAGCAGUGACUGUGCUGGCAAGUAAGACCUUGUGAAUAGAAUCAUAUAUUUUUGUGGAGUCCAUCCAUUCCGUCGGCCGCGUUUUGUACAUAUUUGCCUAAAUAUUCUGCCAUGGAUGAAGAAAGCAGCCUGUCGUAUGAAAGCUUUGCGGAUGACGGAGAAGAAGUUAUCAUUCAGGAAGAAAUCGUUGGAGAUGACGAAGCUGGCGAUGCGAUGGGUUACGAUGAUAUCCCAUUACCCGAUCCCUUGGACAUGAAAUCUGCGAUAGCUGAUAAUAUCGUUCCUCUUUUAAACGAUCACACGAUGAAAAAAGCGUCUCGAAGAAAUCCGCGAAAAGCGAAGCAGAAACCCCACGAAGACUCUAGUGGUAGGAAAUGGGCUCAGAAGCAAGUGCAAAUCAAGACAUUGGAGGGUGAAUUCUCUGUAACAAUGUGGUCUUCAGGGCCGGACGGUGAUGCUGAUUUUGAUGACGAAGUUCACACAAAGGAGGAAAUCCAAGUAGAUGAUUUGGAUGUGGAUCCUCACGGCAUUGAACAACUGAAAGAAUCAGAGUACUUCAACGACUACAUUGUUGAGCACAAGAUUCCCAUUGAUGGCAUCCCAGGUGUUGAUCUCACGGAUCCUAAACAAGUUGCCGAAAUCGCGAAACAUGCGAUACGGCCCACAAAGACGUUGCAGGAGGAUAUGACGAGAACGAUUGCUUGUCCUCACAAGUGUACCUUUGAAGGUUGCGGGAAACGAUUUUCGCUGGACUUCAACUUGAGAACCCAUGUGCGGAUCCACACUGGGGAUCGGCCCUAUGUUUGUCCAUUUGAGGGCUGUUCGAAAAAGUUUGCUCAGUCCACCAACCUCAAGUCCCACAUCCUGACGCACGCUAAACAGAGGAGCAGGCAGCAGAUGCAGAUCCAGCAGCACCAGCAACAGCUGGCCAUCCAGCAGUUGGAGGAGCUGCAAAAGCAGGAAUUUGGCGAGGACAGUGGAAGUCCGUUUUCCAGCCCGCAAUUGGUCCAUGUUGGCAUGGCGUCCGACCAGCCGUUUCUUUUGUAUGCGGAUUGAAAGUGUAUCAUUUCCCACGAUUCUGUUGUACAUGAGCAGUAGAGUAAAAACUUGUAUUGUCUCUGCUUUCUCUCUUUUUCCUUGUGUGUGGUGUCUCUUAGAAAGAAGAGAAAAAAAACCAAGGCCUCCACCAGC